AUGGUUCGGACUUUGGCAGCAUCGUCAACCGCGACUCUCAUCGCCCUCGCCGCAAGCGAAACAGUCCACCUAGAUAUCGCCAGAUCAGCACCAGCAUCAUCAAGUCCGCCAAUCUCGCUUGAUUUCCAGUCAUUUUCCAUUGAAUUUGCAUUCCUUGUUGAUUUCCAAGGAAAUAAAUCUCGUCCGAAUAAAUUCACCAAUAAUCUCUUGGCCAAUCUAAGAGCCUUUAAUGGAGAUGUUCCUCAGAUUCUUCGCAUUGGGGGAAAUACUCAGUGCGUGUCCAUCACUUACAUCAGCAGCUGGUUAUUAAUAAAGGAACCCAGGGAUCAUGUCACGUAUUUUCCUGACCAACAAGAGCAAAUCAUCAAUUUCAGGGAUCCGUCGUACAAUUCGGACCAGCCACGCAAUACUUCUAUUGGCCCAACUUUUUGGGAGGCCCUUACGGCCAUUGAAGGGACAAAAUAUAUUUUUGGGCUAAACUUUUACAAAAAUGAUUCUACAUUUCUUGAUAACCUUGGGGGAGAGGUAGCGCAGUCCUUGCUGCAGAUUCCGCCUGAGCGACUGCACCUAUUCGAAAUAGGCAACGAGAAUGAUUACGGCGCUCUGUCUGGAUUCCAGCCUCCAACAUGGACUCAAGAGGAUUGGGUCAAUGAGUGGGUUUACCGUUCGCAAAACAUUCAAACACCGGCCAAGUCAUUACGUUUUUACGCUCCUUCAACUUGUUGUUAUAAUAUCACGACGCCUUACUCGAGAUGGAUGGAUCUCAGAAGUAUCCCAGCACGGAAUCCGUCUCUGCAAGAUAAGACUAUUGUGUUCUCUAUGAGCCAAGAUACUAACAAUAUAGCAGGCACUCUCAUGAAUCACACAAGCGUAGUGAUAAAUGGGACUGUUCAUCAAUCUCUCUGCAACUUAAAUCACGGCGCUGGUCGUGUUUAUACUCUUGGAGAGACCAACAGCGUCUCCGGUCAAGGGGCUUUUGGAGUUUCUAAUGUAUUUGGAUCCGCCUUAUUCAUUCUUGACUAUGAGCUCUAUUAUGCGUCUUUCGGAGUGAACCGCAUGCACCUGCAUCAGGGAACCGCUUACCGUAUGGCGCUUGGAUGCCCAUUUCUCAGAACGGCACAAGGCCAUCGGCCAACCCUCCUUACUACGGGCAUGUUAUGCAUACUUAGAAGGACGACUAGCGCGAGUUGUCCUCUAAAUCUUAACGAAUGGAACCCUCCAAGCAAUAGUCAAGCCGAAGCCGAAGCCGAAGCAGCACCAAGCACGGCCUUUACUCUUAACACUAGCCGAAGCGGAGUCAAUUAUGCUACUGUCGAGCUGAUGACUGCUCCAGGUGCACUAUCGGAAACAAAUAUCACUGUCGCUGGGAUUAGUUACGAUUAUGACCUGGCUGAGGGAAAGCCUGUGAGGGUGGCGAAACAGUACGAGAGCGCACUUCGCCCUAAUAGCAAGGGAGACAUUUCUAUUAUGAUGUUGAAUAGAGAAGUCUUGCAACGCGUGAAGAUUCAUGAGAUGAUGUACGAAAUAACAUAUUCAUAA